UUUAAAUUACUUUCUAUUUAUAUAUUAUAAACAGUUAAGUAGAGAAAAAGAAUAAUUUUAGUUUUCAAAAUAAAUUGCAAACUUAGGACCAAAAGGGUCAAAUGCCAUAUGUGCUGAUGGAGAGAGAAAGUGGAUUUCCAAACUGUUAAGUGAACAUGUCGUUGUGCAGAUUUCAAACUUAAUGACUUAAAACACGCACUUUGAAAAUUCAAAUCAAGUAAAGUUGACAUCUUCUGGAACAAGGGUAAACUGUGAUGCCGGGUGUGUGGUAUGAAGAGUCUUCAAACAUAGUAGAAAGCCAAGGCACCAAGGCACAGCCAGUUCGGGCAGUGAGUGCAGGGCGGCCGCAGGGCACUGCACCAGAUGCGCUAAAUGGCCCCUCCUGUGGACUGGGAACUGAAAGCAGCUGAAUGAACUUCUUGAAGUGUGAUCUGUCCCCCUUUAAAGUGGAAAUCUCCACAUAUACAGGAAAGCCUAGCGGAACACUGGGUUUAGGAGUGACUCCGGACAUUUUCAUCGUCAGCGUAGGCUGGCCGAGGCUGUCAUACCAUGCUACUCUGGUGACCAUCGCUCAGUGCUAUUCCCACUGAAACCACAGCACACACGCUCUGAAUGUUACAGAGCGGUGGCCAGUGUUGGAGGUGAUGCACGUGCUAAUUGCGCUGAUUUCAUCCUUACACAUUGUAUGUACGGAUCAAAAUAACACUCUGGAUCCCAUGAAUAGGGAGAAGAUACCCAUUAUCAGAAAAAAAAAUUAUGCACUAUAUGUACCAGUUAUGUAAAUCCCUUGAUCAUAUUCACAGAAAUGGAAUAUUUCACAGAGAUGUGAAACCAGAGAAUAUCCUCAUAAAGCAGGAUGUCCUGAAAUUAGGGGACUUUGGCUCCUGCCGGAGUGUCUAUUCCAAGCAGCCGUACACGGAAUACAUCUCCACCCGCUGGUACCGGGCCCCGGAGUGCCUCCUCACUGACGGGUUCUACACAUACAAGAUGGACCUGUGGAGCGCCGGCUGCGUGUUCUACGAGAUCGCCAGUCUGCAGCCCCUCUUCCCUGGAGCAAAUGAAUUGGACCAAAUCUCAAAAAUCCACGAUGUCAUCGGCACACCUGCUCAGAAGACCCUCACCAAGUUCAAACAGUCGAGAGCUAUGAAUUUUGAUUUUCCUUUUAAAAAGGGAUCAGGAAUACCUCUACUGACAACCAAUUUGUCCCCACAAUGCCUCUCCCUCCUGCAUGCAAUGGUGGCCUAUGAUCCCGAUGAGAGAAUCGCCGCCCACCAGGCCCUGCAGCACCCCUACUUCCAAGAACAGAGGAAAACAGAGAAGCGGGCUCUGGGCAGCCACAGAAAAGUUUGCUUUUCAGAGCACCCUGUGGCACCAGAACCACUCAGUAACAGCUGGCAGAUUUCAAAGGAGAGCAGAAAGCAGAACUCCAGAACGGAAGCAAGCAUGAGGCCUCACCCGUCCUCCUCCACCCCAUUCAAGUACUUCCUUCCCUCCAUCCUCUGCUGGGCACCUGUGUGCUGCCCGGCUGCAUCGCCACCCUUCUCAUGUGAGCCCACCCUUGUCCACCUACCUCACCCUCCUGACCUGAAGAGGAGCCCCCCCAUCCCACUGUGGGGGUGGGGGCUCGUGGUGUGGGCAGAAGUAAGCAGCCAUCUCCGUCCAGCACUCAGAUGGUGCCCACCUUCGUGUGACAGGCGGCAGCAGUGCGACUGUGACCUCCCAUCUCCUGCUGUGCUGCCCCCGCCACCUGCAGUGCAGCUAGCCUGCCCACGGGGCGGCUAGAUCCACCCCUGGCACAGCCCAUCUCUUCCUGGCUUCCUCUAGGCCGAAUCCUCGCGCGGAGCCUACGUUCCCCAAUGCCAGAAGUGUAAGACAGCACAAGGCAACGAGUGGGAAAAGCGAACCCAAAUCUUACCAGGGACGCUCGUCUUUCCAGGGCGCCUGAGAAAGACCAGCCUUGACGCUGCCUUGCAGUGUCUGCCCAGGGCCUGCUGAAUGCUUGGGUCCACGGUGGCAGUGGCGGGGACAGUUAUGAGGCAGCUAGACUUUGGAAGCCAUCUCGGACCAUUUGGCUAUGGACCAAUCUUAGGACAGCACCAU